AUGGAGAAGCACAUUUUCUUAUUGAUUCUUUUCUUUAUAUUUCAAUAUUACUCCAUUUCAAUAUCAGCUGCUUCCUCAAAUGAAACAGACCAACAAGCUCUACUAGCUUUCCAAAAUCUUGUUACAAGUCCCACUCCUUUUUUGGCCAAGGAUUGGACAAGGAAUACUUCUUUUUGCUCUUGGUUUGGUGUCACUUGCAGUUCCAAAAGGCAAAGAGUUGUGGCCUUGACUCUUCCUAAUUUGCAUCUUCAAGGCAAAAUUUCUCCAUCUUUGGCCAAUUUGUCCUUUCUCAGAGAGCUCAAUCUUGCGAACAACAACUUCCACGGCAGCAUCCCUUAUGGCAUUGGCCACUUGCCUCGCUUACGAGUGAUUGAUAUUCAGAACAAUCAGCUCCAAGGAAAUAUUCCAACAAGUCUAUUUCAACACCAGAGAGUUCAAGUAAUUUCAUUGGCUUUCAAUAAAUUCAGUGGUGAAAUGUGGAAAGGGCCAUGGUAUGUACCUGAACUCAGGGUCUUGGAUCUCACCAACAAUAGCCUCACAGGUAUAAUCCCUCCUACUAUUGGAAAUGCCACAAGGUUGUUGAACUUCAGUUUGUCAGGGAAUGGAAUCAACGGCAACAUUCCAAAAGAGAUUGGUAAUUUAAGCCAACUUACAGAGCUUUCCUUGACUGAUAACCAAUUAACAGGUUUCAUUCCCGCAACAAUGUUUAACAUCUCAUCGCUACUUGCCAUACAUCUACGAAACAAUAGUCUUUCUGGUCCUCUCUUGUCCGGUAAAGGGAAUAUUUUGUCGAAUCUGAAGUUUUUAAGUGUAUCUCACAAUCAAAUUUCUGGUCGCAUUCCUUCCAACAUUUGCCAACUCAGAGAGCUCGAAUCACAUAGAGGGGCCAAUACCUUCAGAAAUNUACCCAAAAAUAUUGGUUGUUUAGCGAAGCUCGAGGAGAUAUAUAUUGGUGAUAAUCCAAUAAGUGGGACUAUUCCUGCUUCAUUGGGCAAUAUUUCCACUAUGCAAUAUCUUUCUUGUGUAAACAGUCACAUAGAGGGACCAAUUCCUUCAGAAAUAGGGAAGCUAUCAAAUUUGAGGGAGUUAGAUUUUGAUUUGAAUUAUCUUAAUGGUCAAAUUCCAAAGGAUAUUUUUAAUAUAUCCUCUUUGGAGUUCAUUGCUUUCACUUCCAACAAACUCUCAGGGAGAAUUCCAUCGACUACUGGUCUUCAUCUUCCCAACCUCAAAGAAAUUGUCUUGGGAGGCAAUAAACUCGAAGGGGAAAUUCCUCCGCACAUCAUAAAUGCUUCCAACAUACUUCACUUAGAGCUAACUGAUAACUUUUUCACAGGCACUAUUCCUACUAAUUUGGGAAAUCUUCAGGAGCUGCAAGAACUAUUGCUAAGUAAUAAUCAACUUACGAAUGAACCAAGUGAACACGAGCUGCGAUUCUUUAAUUCUUUGGUAGAUUGUAGGAUGCUACGAUGGCUAGAAGUGAGUUUAAAUCCAUUGAAUGGUGUUCUUCCCAAUUCUAUUGGGAAUCUUUCAUCUACUAUUGAAAUCCUUGAUAUAGCAGAUGCACACAUCAGUGGCCUCAUCCCCAAAGGAAUAGGCAAUAUGACCGCUCUAACAACCUUAGACUUUCAAGGAAACAACUUCACGGGAAGUAUUCCUUCUGAAGUUGGUAAGCUUAAACAGCUCCAAGGGCUAUAUCUAAAUAACAAUAAAUUACAUGGGCAUACUUCAGAGGUAGUAUGUAAUUUAUUUAAUUUGGUUCAAUUAGAUCUGCAAGAUAAUGAGCUCUCUGGUGUGGUUCCAGAAUGCAUAGGAAAUCUUAGCAUGUUACAAACGCUUUAUUUGGAUUCUAACAAAUUUUCAUCAAUGUUUCCGCUGAGCAUUUGGAAGAUGAGUGGUCUUCUCUAUCUAGGCGUAUCACGAAAUUCAAUAGAGGGACAAGUUUCACCGGAUAUUGGAGAACUGAAGGCCAUAGUAGAACUAGAUCUUUCUGGUAACAACUUUUCGGGUAUGAUACCAAGCGAAUUUGGUGCACUCCAAAACCUGAAGUCUCUUAACAUAUCCAACAAUUCAUUUUCGGGCCCAAUUCCAUUAUCCUUUGCAAAUUUGAUAAGCUUGGAAUACUUGGAUUUGUCUGGAAAUGCCUUGUCAGGUACAAUUCCUAGGUCAUUGGAAAAACUCUCAUACCUAAAAAGCAUCAAUGUUUCAUUUAAUGAUUUAGAAGGUGAAAUACCCAAUGGUGGUAUCUUUGCAACUUCCACUCCCCAAUCUUUCAUAGGGAACAAAGGUUUAUGCGGAAUGCACGUGUUGGAAGUUCCUGCUUGCGCUAUCACCAAUCCUAGACAUCAUCCAAAGUCUAAGAAACAUCUGCUGAAAAUUAUUGUUCCAGUGGUUACUUCAUCCUUUGUGAUAUUCUUGUUGGCUUCAAUUUGGAUAAUGAAACGACAGAAGAAAGAAAAGUCCAAAGAUGUAGAGAAGGUACCGGAGAUUAGAACAUAUCAAUUGGUUUCUUAUUGGGAGAUUCAACGUGCAACAAAUAAUUUUGAUGGAUCAAAUUUAAUUGGUGUGGGAGGAUCUGGCUCCGUGUAUAAAGGCACGUUAUCUAGUGGAAAUGUAGUAGCAAUAAAGGUUCUGGAUUUGCAAAAUGAGGAAGUAUGCAAGAGGUUUGAUACCGAAUGUGAAGUGAUAAGAAAUGUUAGGCAUAGAAAUCUUGUCCCCGUGAUUACUACUUGUUGUAGUGACUACAUAAGAGCCUUUGUUCUGCCAUUUAUGCCCAAUGGAAGUCUUGAUAAUUGCUUGUACAAAGAAGAUUUUCACUUGAACCUUGUUCAAAGAGUCAUCAUAAUGCUUGAUGUGGCUGUGGCAAUUGAAUACCUACAUCACGGUCAUCACACCCCCAUUGUCCAUUGCGACCUAAAGCCAGCCAAUAUUCUUUUGGAUGAAGAAAUGGUGGCAUAUGUUAGUGAUUUUGGCAUCUCCAAAAUUUUAGCUGUAAGCAAGUCCAUGGCACAUACUAAGACAUUAGGCACUCUUGGUUACAUUGCACCAGAAUUUGGCUCGGAGGGAAUAGUAUCUACUAGUGGUGAUGUUUACAGCUACGGCAUCAUGUUGAUGGAGGUUUUGACAAAAAGAAGACCAACUGAUGAAGAGAUAUUCAAUGAAAAUCUUUGUUUGAGGCGGUGGAUAAAACGAGCAUUUCCAAGAACUGUGAUGGAAGUUGUGGAUGCCAAUCUUUUUCACGAGGGAGAGCAAAUCACUUGCCAAAGUGAAAUCUGCAUAGCUUCCAUAAUAGAGUUGGCUUUAGAUUGCACAAAGGAAAAGCCAGAAUCAAGGAUAUCCAUGAAAGAUGUAGUCAAGAGGCUUAACAAAAUUAAGAACACAUUUUUGGAAACAUAAAAGUUAGCAUCUCUUAAUAUGGUGGUCUUUCCAAGCUGCAAGAUAAUAUGUUAGCUUUUUAUUUACCUAUUUUUCUUUUUAAUAAAGUCGACCCUACACUUGGAGUCCUGUAAUAUAUUCAUUUUAGAGUGUUGUAUUUCCUCACGUUGUAAUUUCAUAUUUGAAUAAUUUUGAACCUAAUAACUUUUGUAGUAAUUAUGGUUUGAAUCUUGAA